UGGCACAUCGUGCUUAACAGGGAAGUAAGCCUUAGAAGCCUAAACUAAUUUCCACUGUUGUUAAAAGUUGUCGGUGUUAAACUGCACGGUACUCCGUAUUGAUUUCUUCUCGGUUAAAACGACGGAAACUGUCCAGCUUUUAAGAUACAAACGUCAGCCUUAAAGUACCCAAGUGAUGAAGGCAGGAAAUGUUCAGUAGGAUAUUCGGCCUGGCGGAGGACUUAUGAGACAUAGGAGGAAGAAGAGACAACAGCGAUUUUCAAUGUUUUGAAAUCUACAGAAGCACUGCUUGAUCAUGGCCCAAUGGAUACACAUGUCCCAGAUGAUACAGUGCCUGUCUGAUGACACCUUAAACAACCUCUAUCCCCCAUCCGCCUUCCCCAUUGAAGUCAGACAUUUUUUAGCUGAAUGGAUUGAGAGCCAAAGAUGGGAUGACUUUGUGCUGGAAAAGGUGGAGCAGCAGAGCAAGGCUCAAACUCUGUUGGACCAGACUAUCAGCAUGCUGCAAUCGAUUGCUCAGCAGAACGCCAAUGUGGUGGACAGGAUGAAGCUGAUGAAUAUCAGUAGAAACAUGGCCAUGUUUCAGCAGCAGCCUCUACAGUUUGGAGUGCUGGUCAGGGAGAUCCUCACAAAGGAAAGGGUUCUUCUCAGCACGCGUACUCCGGUACCCAACCCUCCACAGUACCCACAGUACCCGAAUAGAGAGUCCUCGUUCCCUAACAUGCAAGAUGUAGACCACCUGGUUCUAAAGGUGCUGGAGGUCCAGGACAUCCGACAAAAGAUGCACCAGCUACAAGAAGAGCUCAACUGGGAGAGGCAGAACUAUGAGGGAUUGCAAGGACCGAUUCAACAGAAUGGAUUGGAUCCCGCAAAAUCUGAAAUCCAAAAACUCCAGAAUCACAUCCAGCAGCUGGAGUACAAUGUGAAAGCAAUGGCCACGAAGCGUUUCCAGCUGCUCAAGGAGUGUGUGGACUGUCUGGACCAGUGUCAGACCCGACUGAUGAGCAGGUUAAAGGUGUGGAGGUGGGAGCAACACAAGGCCGCCAUCGGACAACCUUUUGACGACAACCUCAACCCCCUGCAGACCUGGUGUGAGCAGCUGCUUGGCGUGAAUGGGAAGCUGAGACAGGAGUUGAUGCUGAUAGGGGAACCGUUCCCAGAGCUCCAGGAAAGGCUGGGGCAACUUCUGCAGGUUUUGAUUCAAAGCUCUCUUGUAGUAGAUAAGCAGCCCCCUCAGGUCAUUAAGACUCAGUCAAAGUUCUCGACAACAGUGCGAUAUCUUCUGGGGGAAAAAGUUGCUCCCGGGAAGCCUGUGGUGCUGAAGGCGCAAAUCAUAAAUGAGCUGCAGGCCAGGAGCCUGGGCAGUGUACCAGGUGAUAGUGUUGGGGAACUGAUCAACAAUACAGCAAUCCUAGAACACAACACAGCCAGCAAGAGCACAUGUGCCACAUUCAGGAACAUGUCCAUCAAGAGGAUCAAGCGAGCAGACAGAAAGGGAUCCGAGUCUGUUACCGAGGAGAAAUUUGCUCUUCUGUUCUCUACAGAGAUUACCAUCACAGGCUGUGACACUCCCUAUAGGAUACAGAUGAUCUCACUUCCGGUGGUCGUCAUUGUCCACGGUAGUCAAGACAACAAUGCUCUGGCCACCAUCAUAUGGGACUGUGCUUUUUCUGAACCAGAUAGAGUGCCAUUCAUGGUGCCCGAGCGUGUGCCCUGGGGGAUGAUGUACAACACUCUCAACAGUAAAUUCACUUCUGAGGUCCAGACACAUCACAAUCUGGACCACUACAACCAGCACUUCUUGGCCCAGAAGAUAUUUGACAAGCCUGACUUUGCCGACGACUUCAGCAACAUGAUGGUUUCCUGGGCCCAGUUUAAUAAGGAGGUUCUCCCGGGUCGACCGUUCACUUUCUGGCAGUGGUUUGAGGGAGUGAUGGAGCUGACCAAGAAGUACCUGAAGACCUACUGGAGCGAAGGGCUUAUAUUUGGUUUCAUUGGGAAGCAGCAUCUACACCUGAUUCUCAAAGACAGGCCCAACGGAACAUUCUUGCUUCGCUUUAGUGACUCUGAGAUCGGCGGCAUCACCAUUGCAUAUGUGUCCGCUUCUGAGAAUGGGGGACAGAAAAUCCAGAACAUCCAGCCCUUCACCAAGAGAGAUCUUGAGAUCCGUAGCCUUGGUGACCGGAUCCGGGACAUCAACCACAUAACAUACCUGUAUCCUGAAUUUCCUAAACAUGAAGUUUUCAAAAAAUUCUACUCAGAACCUCAAGCAUCACCCAUUGGGGGCUAUAUCCCUGUGUCUCUCCAUACUAAAGUCGGCACGGAAGCUGGCUCAGCCUCACCCCCGGCUCCCAGUAUGACACCCGUCUCUGAAAGCCCUCGGAGUACUAGUGGCUUCUCCGGAGACCCAACAUUCCCCAAUGAGCAAGCACUAGCAACGGCUGCAAGGAGAAACUUCUCUUUUACGGGAAGAAACCUUGAACCGAGCUUUAGGCAUCAGUUCCCGCAGCCAUUCAGCCCGCAGGAGUCUAUCAAUAAAGACAUAAUGGAAGAAGAAUUUAGACCAAAUUCUUCUGGUGGCUUUACUGAACACAUUUCCCCGGAUAAUAUGGAUCUAGAUUUAGAGACCAUUCUCCAGACUCUUGAUCAAUAGGAGGAUGUUCCAUCAAAGUUGUUCUUGGAGUGCAAAGCAACCAUCAGGGGCCACUUUCCUUCACUUUCUUGAUCCAUCUACAGAUUCAUCUACUUCAGAGUAAAAAAAAUGAGAUUUUUCUGGGACUCAACAUGUUGAGUUGGUGCUACGUGAAAGCGGGAAAUCAUUUGAAGGACAAAGUCAAACUGAGAACAAACAAAAAGAACGAGAAGUGAUGCCAUCGCUGUGCAUCACCUUU